GGCGGCCGCCCGGCCCCGCGGCGUGUGCGGUGCUGCCCGGGCACUGCGCCGCGCCCGCAUCUCGGGGGGUCGCCGCUCUCCCGGUGAAGUGGAGGUGAAGGGGGGCGCGGAGGGCUCUCCCCGCCAUGGCCUUCACGUUCGCCGCCUUCUGCUACAUGCUGUCGCUGGUGCUCUGCGCCGCCCUCAUCUUCUUCGCCAUCUGGCAUAUAAUUGCCUUUGAUGAACUUCGGACAGACUUCAAGAGCCCAAUCGAUCAGUGCAACCCAGCCCACGCAAGAGAGCGGCUGAGAAAUAUUGAGCGGAUUUGCUUCCUCCUGCGAAAGCUGGUCUUGCCAGAGUACUCUAUCCACAGUCUUUUCUGCAUAAUGUUUUUAUGUGCUCAGGAGUGGCUCACGCUGGGGUUAAAUGUUCCUUUGCUUUUUUAUCACUUGUGGAGGUAUUUUCGUUGCCCAGCAGAUAGUUCAGAGCUAGCCUAUGAUCCACCUGCAGUCAUGAAUGCAGAUACCUUGAGUUACUGCCAAAAAGAGGCCUGGUGUAAGCUGGCUUUCUAUCUCCUUUCCUUCUUCUACUAUCUCUACUGCAUGAUCUACACUCUGGUGAGCUCUUAACUGAAAGAUCAUCGUUAAAGACUGAAAACAACAAAGACUGGAAGUGCAAGGACAAGUGAACCAAGUGAUGCAUGAUUAAAAAAGCAACAAGGAAAAAUUUGAACCCAAGCAGUUAAUAGAGUACAUGAAAGAGAGACCCAGCAAGAAGAAGCAGAUGACCAUGGGAGAAUGACUGAGUUAAUUGCUUUUGUCUCCUGUUUCUCAGUGUACUGCAGUAAACGACUUUCAAAAUCCAAGCAAACAAAAAAAUGCAACAAGGGCCAAGUUACACAGCUAUUCACCUGUCCAGGAAUAAUGCUGCUUGCUUUAGUGGAUUCAUUAUAAACUAUAGUCCCUACUGUCUUCCAGGGAGCAAAGUUUCUUUUCUUAAGGACUCUUCUGGACUGAGGAAGCAGAGGACAAGAUAAUCUUACACAGAAAGAAGACCUAUACAACAGAUUCUGAAAAUGAGCACUGAGUGGACUUCAGAUAAGAUAUAUGACUGUCCUGAAGGGAUAUUCACAUGAUACUAAGCAAACAGGGAUGUCAAAUCUCAUGGAACUGUUUCAGUGGUUUUGUUUGGGGUUUUUUCCCACCAAAAUAAUGAUGACAAAAGAAUUUGCAGUUGCAAUAUUCUGUUUUCUGAUUAUAUGCUAUUCCUGCAGGUGAACACCCAGUAUGUUUCUGUACUUCAUUUGUGAUACGCCAGUAACAUACAGUGAUAUGUAUAAAUACAUUGGAUUUGACCUAAACGUGCCAAGCACUUAUCAGAAUAGUGUUCCUCUGACUGGAAAAAAAAAUCCAAGGUAUAAGCUGCAUAUAUUAAGGAGGGUUGUAACAUAGGUAUUAUAUUCAUCACAAUGCUGGAGAACAAAUACUGGACCAGCUAAUCAUGGCCUGUAAUUCUGUUUUGCAGCUUAUUUCUGCUGUAAAAUUUAAGCCAGAACAAAUAUACAAAAUGUUUUUGUCUUUUAUGACA